CUGGUUUGCUUCGAGUGAUCAGAGUGGUUUAGCGAAGUUGUUUCUCUUUUCUCUUUCAGUUUUGUUUGUGAUUUCGUCGGGGAAGGUGUGUGUGGUCGUGCCGAUUUUGCAUUUUGUGGCUUUAAUAAGUGAAGUAGUACAUAAGGAUUUUUUAGCUAUCUCUAUAUAUGUAUACAUAUACUUGUUUAUUCCAUUGUGUGUACACUUAGUGCUGUAACGUUAGCAGUGGAAAGUCAUUCCUUAUCCCAGAUAAAAAUUGGGAGUUUCAAGAUUCGAUUAUUGUAGUGUGAAUCGUCAAAGUUUUUUGUGCAAAUUUUUAACAAAUUAAAAAUACACAAAAUCAAACUUAAUAGCAUAAACUAAAAACACUAAACAAUCAAAAAUUAAAUAAAUUUACAAACAAAAAACAAAUAAAACAAAAAAGAAAAAAUGGCAUCCGAGGUAAGUCAGACACCAGUCACUGAAAAUAAGGUUGCUGAAGAGGCGGCGGCGGCAGCGGCUGCGACCAAGCCAGAAACCACAGCUACAGAGGCCGUAGCAGCCAAGGAGAAUAACGCUGAAAGCAAUGGUGCCGAUACAGCGAACGCACAGGAGAAAGGCGACGACACAAAGGCGUCGGCCGCCGGUGAAGACACAAAGAAAGAUGGUGGAGACAAUGCUACUACUGCAGCAGCAGCAGCAACAACCAACAGCAAAGCCGAACCAGCACCAAAGUUCAAUGUGCAUAAAACGAACUUUGAGAAGGAUGUCAUAUAUCUGUAUCAGUUCUCCCGCACUCCUUUGUUACCAUCGCUAUCACCAUAUUGUCUAAAAGUCGAAACCUGGCUGCGUCUGGCCGGACUCAAAUACGAGAAUGUCGAUCAUAAAAUGCGCUUCCGCUCGAAGAAGGGACAAUUGCCAUUCAUUGAGUUGAACGGUGAGGAGAUCGCUGACUCAGCCAUCAUUAUCAAGGAGCUGUCAGCACGUUAUGAGAAGAAUUUGGAUGCUGCUCUAACAACAGAGCAACGUAAUGUGUCAUAUGCCAUGAUUGCUAUGUUGGAGAAUCAUUUGAUUUGGAUUAUUUUCUAUUGGCGCGCCAAGUAUCCCGACAAUGUACUGAAAGGUUAUAAAGUGAAUUUGCAACACGCACUCGGUCUACGUUGGCCGAAUUCGAUUUUGAAUUUUGUGUUUAAAUUCACUUUUGGUCGUAAGUGGUUCCAGGGUUCGAAAAAAUUGAAGGCUCACGGCAUUGGCGUACACAGCCCCGAGGAGAUUGAGGAGUUCGGCAAGAACGAUUUGAAGGUAUUGAGCGAAAUGUUGGACUGCAAGCCGUUCUUCUUUGGCGAUGAGCCAACCACUUUGGAUGUGGUUGCGUUUGCCAUAUUGUCGCAGCUGCAUUAUUUGUCCAAGGAUAUCUCGUAUCCGUUGCGCGAUUUCAUGACCGAAAAAUGUCCCAAUUUGGUUGGACAUGUGUCACGAAUGAAGGAGCGUUGCUUCCCCGAUUGGGAUGAGAUUUGCACAAAAUUGGACUUGAAUGCACAUAUUCCAAAGCCAGAGCCUGAGACAAAGGAGGGCAAGGAAGGUGAGCCAGAGAAAUCGAAUGAGCAAGAGAAUGAUUCCGACAAGAACGAGAAGGAGUUGGAAAAAGACAAGUCGAAUGAGAAGGAGAUCACAGAGGAGAAUAAGGAGAAGGAGGAAACAAAGUAAAUAUCGAUAUCGAUAAGCUAGGACAACUGUAAAGGACAUGCAUUUAAAACAAAAACAAAAAAUAAAAACAAAACAAAACAAAAAACAAAAAUAAUCACACACACAAAAGUAUAAUACAAUAAAUUUGAAAACAUUUUUAUAUAUAUUACGAUUAGCAUAAAAUUAUAAAGAAAUUAUACAUAAUGUAUAAGAAAUUGCAAUUAGUUAAAAGCGAAAUAACAUCUGACGAUGAUGGAUGAUUCUAACUGCUAAUUUUGUUUAAUUUUUACAUUUUUUCAUUUAUGUAAUUAUCAUUUAUUUUUUAUUGUAUAAUUAUAUUGUUUAUUACACAUCCAAAUAAAAAAAAAACAAAAACAACAAUAUUAAACAAAAAAACGCAGCAAUGCAAUUAAGCCUAAAUGUAAUUAAGUUUAUUUUUCUAUAAUAUAUAUAUAUAAUAUAAUUUGUGUGCAAAUAUAUAAAAUAUGUAAUGAAGAAAAUUUGUAACGUAUGAACAUUGUGUUUUGAAUGUUGACUAAAACAAAAACAAAAUAAAACGCUGCUACAAGAGUUAGAGGUUCUUUGCAGAAUCAUUAUCAAAGAAAUCAUUGUGAGAAAAGGAGCUAAUUUAAUAAUGAAUAAUAAUAAAAAUACUCAAAAUUCGAAAUACAUACAUACAUCCAACAUUUACAUGCAUACAUACAAACGGAAGUGCGUGUGUAUGUAGUUGCAUUUCGCGACUUUCAUGCGAGUUAAGCAGCAAACAAACACAUACAAAACAAAAACAGAAUGAUAACUUAACUUAAAAACCAUUAAGCACACCUGCAUACAUAAAUACACAGACAUACACACAUACAUGCAUCAAAUAUACAAAAGCAUACACAUAAACUCACGCAUAAACAAAUGCGCAGUCACCGACAACCACAAGUGACUGCAAUUUGUUAGCGCACUAUUGGCUUUGUUUUUUUUUUUUUAUUUUGCUCAUCGUAUUUAUUUCAGUACGCGUACAUACAAACAUACAUACAUAAUAAAAUAAAUAAAUAAAGUCUAUAUACAAAAACAAAAACAAGAAAAGAUGAGGAAAACAAAUACAACAUGCAUAAAUACAACUAAAUCAUUCGCAUAUAUAUAGGCAUAUGUAUACAUACAUAUAUAUACAUAUAUACAUACAUAUAUGUAUAUUUAUAAAUACAUAUAAUUAUAUAUAUAUACAUAUAUACAUAACAUCAACAUCAGUUUGAGUAUAAAUUGAAGCGUACACCGAUUAAAUAAAAAUAAAAAUAAAAAUAAAAGUAAAAAAUUUAAAAUGAAUAUUAAUUUAAAAAAAGUAUAAUAAUGAGAAGAUGAAAACAAAAAUGAGAAGAAAGCAUUAAUAAAUAAAAUAUAACAACAACAAGUAUAAGAACAAAGUAUUUUUCAUCCACAUGGCGGUAAAAUAUGUAAUUGUAGAGUAUUCAAGUAUUUUUAUGGAUUAUGUAUUAAAGGUUAUGUUAUAAGUUUUUACCACAUUAUUUCUAUUGUAGCUCAGUGUUUUAUAUAAUAAACAUAUAUAACAUAAAUCUUAUUUAAUAAAUAUGCUUCUUAAUCAAA